CUCAAGACUCAGAGUGCCCGGCGGCCCGCCUUCGACGUGCUGCACAGUUGCCUUUUGCGGACAGACGGCCGGGCACAGCUGCCAGGGGGGGCCACGGGGGCGCACGCCGAGAUUCGGGGUCCGGGGAACUGCUGUCUGUUUUGUCACUGUGAAUCUUCUUCAGCUAUGACAUUCUGUUUCCGAGAGCGUCUAGAUUACAUAAGACACAAGCCGGAAAGCUUAUCCCGAUAAUACGAAAAAGCAUUGACCCAAUAGGUCGAACGUCAUUUACACCCUCAAGACAUAUCGACAGCGACGUUGACGAAUGACUUUCAAGGGCUCAACUCCGCACCGGUAAAGGCAGUAAAGGGAAACUCAGGUUGGAAGCCGAAGCAGAGGGGGAGAGAACAUCACCAUCAAACAUGACGGCAGACGAGGAGCAAACGAGCCGCCCGGCCGCCACCGAGCAGAGCUCAGAGACGACGCCGCUGCUCAACGGCACCGCCAACACGACCAGCAAUGGAACCGUCGCCGCCGCCAACGACGACGAAACCACCAUCGUCGCCGAGACCGUCUCCGGCACCCGCCUGGCCCUCAUCCUGGGCACUUCCUACUUUGGCGUCUUCCUCGGCGCCAUCGACAGCACAAUCAUCGCCACCCUCUCCGGCCCCAUCUCAAGCGAGUUCAAGUCCCUGAGUCUCAUGAGCUGGCUCGCCACGGCCUACCUCAUCUCCAAUGCCGCCUGCCAGCCCAUCUCGGGCAGGCUGACCGACAUCUUUGGCCGCGGUCCCGGCCUCGUCUUCAGCAACCUCUUCUUCGCGGCCGGCAACCUCAUCUGCGGCCUCGCACGCACCGAGUCCGUCAUGAUCUUUGGCCGCGUCGUGGCCGGCGUCGGCGGCGGCGGGCUCAUGUCCAUCUCCACCUUUCUCGGCUCCGACCUCAUCCCCCUGAGACAGAGGGGCAUCUACCAGGGCAUCGGCAAUAUCGCCUACGGCUCCGGCGCCAUGCUCGGCGGCGUCUUCGGCGGCCUCAUCAAUGACCACACGGCAAUGGGCUGGCGCCUCGCCUUCCUCGUCCAGGUGCCCCCCGUGCUCGUCUCUGCCGUGCUCGUCGCCGUCCUCGUAAAGGUUCCGCCCAAGGCCUCGGACAAGUCCUACCUGGCGCGCAUCGACUUCUUCGGCGUCUUCCUGACCAUCUCCUUCCUCGUGCUCCUCCUGCUCGGCCUUAACGCAGGUGGAAACCUAGUCCCCUGGGUCCACCCCCUGCCGCUCACCACGAUCCCCCUCUCCAUCGUUGCCUUUAUCGGCUUCAUCGUCUGGGAGAGCAGGGUCAAGCAGCCCAUCAUCCCCGUCCGCCUGCUCGCGAACCGCACCAUCCUCGCCGCCUGUCUGACCAACCUGCUGUGCACCAUGGUCAUGAUGAUGGCCAUCUUUUACGUGCCGCUGUACCUCCAGGUCAACGGGCUAUCUGCCACGCAGGCGGGUCUCCGCAUCUUGACGUCACCCCUGGGCGUCUCCAUCAUGUCUGUCGGCGCCGGCUACAUCAUGAAGCGGACGGGGAAAUACGUGAUCCCAGGAAUCAGCGCCCUGGUUCUCUUCAACACCGGCAUCAUCAUCCUCACGCAGUUCAACGAGAACACGCCCGCAUGGGUCAACUAUGUCGUCUUCUUCCUGGUGGGAGGAGGCUACGGAGCCAUGUUGACCAUUACGCUGCUCGGCUGCAUUGCUGCCGUUGACCAUUCGCAGCAAGCAGUCAUCACGUCAGCAACAUACCUAGCGCGUAGUCUUGGGGGUACUAUCGGCAUCACCAUCGGUUCCGCCGUCUACCAGAACGUGCUGAGAGUCAAGCUCUGGGAACGCUUCGGCGACUACCCCAACGCCGCCGAGAUCAUCGGCCGCAUCAGAGACGACCUCGACGAGCUCAAGAACCUCCCGCCCGGGUGGAAGCCGGGGGUGAUUGACUCCUUCCGGGAGGCCUUUGGUAGCGUCUGGUACACAAUGCUCGGACUGUCCAUCCUCGCCCUCGUAUUCAUUUCCUUGAUGAGGCAGCAUGUUCUCCACUCGACCUUGGAAAGAAGAUGAGUUGAGAAAGGGGGUCGCGUGACCUUCGUGAGCAAGAGCCUCAGGUUCACUCACUCAUAUGCACACACCGCCCGCCGCCGCCUCGGUACCCUCUAUAAUAAAUAAAUUUGUUUGUUACUAUCACCAAGGCCCGUGGCGUAGCGGAGAAUGUCCUACCUUAGUUCGAAUAGCUCCGCGUCCAUGGGUCCCGGGUUCGAGUCCCGUCAUUUUCUAGUAAAAAUCCUUGCAUCGUUACACCUGAGGCUGGUAAGAGUCUCCUCGGAUCUUUCGUAGGCUCCCUAUAUGGAGUUGAGCUUUUGCAAAUUUCGUCUACUUCUCUAUCUUUUUGCUUCCUUGGACAGUUAAGUGGCAGUAGCUGGGUAAGUAUGAUGUUCUUUCUGCGCAUUUUUCUACAUCCUUGGCAUGAUGGUUACUUAUUACACUGCGUACGGUGAAGAUGAGCAUCAAAGUCAACUCGUUGCAGAGGAGGGGAAAAGCAUCAUCUUAGCAAGUAGUCUGGAGCGUUGCCGUCGCUGCUUUUGCCCGGGUCUGUAAAUGCCUGCGACUGAGCAUAAAGACUAGAUAGAGCCCAAGCAAACGGGCAGUGGGCACAGCAAUAUGCCAUGAGCCACGUGAGCGAUGCAUAAUAUCGAGCGAUCUGGCUUCGGCCACAUCGGCAGCAAGAUAAAACUAAUUCACUGGCAAUAGAUGAUUCCUU